UUCCUGAAGGAAGCUCUUGAGCAGAAGCUGGAGAAGGAUCGGGAAGAGGAGUUGAGGAGAGCAGCUGUAGUCAUCCGGGCCCACGUCUUGGGCUACAUGGCAAGAGAAAAGGAGCAACUGAAUGUGCCAUACCAGGUGUCACAGGUGGAAGCAGUAAAGACUGAGGAGGUAGAUAUUCCUCUGCAAGAAGAAGAGAGACGUCAGAUGGAGGAGAUCUUAAGACUGGAGAAGGAGAUUGAGAAGUUGCAGCAACAGAAAGAGGAUCACAUGUCGAUCAUCUGUGAAAACACCAGGAAUGAAAUCAAUCGGCAGCGAGAAGAAGAGAUCCAGAGGCUGGAAAAGGAGGCAUCCAGGGUUGCCCAGGAGUUCUUAGAGCUGCUGGAUUUUGGCAAUCUGGAUGAAAGUGUGCAGAACUUAGAGCGGUCGCUUUCUAGUGAGGGGACACUCAACAUUGACUGCAGCCUGGUGGCACCACUGGCUGAAGAAGAAGUGGAUGAGGGUUUUCAUGCUGAUGAUGAAGGACGGCCAAAUUCAAGUUUGGUGGUCUUAAAUCAGCACAGCACAGGAAACAGCGAUAACUACUCGGAGGAAGUUGUGAACACAAGCCUUUCACUCCUCCAAAGGGAACUGGGAGAGGUCUCCCCUGCUCCAGAACAACUUGUGGAAAGAAACACUAUCCCUAAGGAGCAGAGAGCCCUAUCUGACCCAGCAGAAAGUAUUUACAGCAGUGACUCAGAUAAGCGAAGAAGUAACAGUGGGGAGGUGGCAGAACCGAUUUACACUUCGCCCCCAGAUGUGGAGUCUGACUAUGACCAUGAGGAGUUUGAUGGCUGUGGAGAUGCAGGUAGUGCCUCAGCUGAGCCUCUGAAUGGUGAGGAAGGUCUGAGAUGCUCCCAUGGUACCAGCCUGGACUCCAACCAUGGCAGCCUGGACUCGUUUCUGGACAGUGAAGAAGAAGUAGAUGUCUACAUUGAUACAGACGAAGAGUUUUGUAAUGGACGAGUCACUAUCUUCAAUGGCUCAGGACCACCCUAUUUUCACAGCUAUCUCUACAUGAAAGGAGGUCUCAUGAACCCAUGGAGGCGGCGCUGGUGUGUUCUGAAGAACGAGGCCUUUAUGUGGUUCCGCACCAAGCAAGAGGCUCUGAAGUCAGGCUGGCUCUACAAAAAAGGUGGAGGCAUGUCAACGCUUUCACGUCGCAACUGGAAACGCCGUUGGUUUGUGCUUCGAGAAUCCAAGCUGAUGUACUUUGAGAAUGAUAGCGAGGAAAAGCUAAAGGGGACAAUUGAUAUCAGAAAGGCAAAGGAGAUUGUGGACAUUCAUGAAAAGGAAAAUGCCUUGGACGUCGUGACAGAAGACAGAGUUUAUCACAUAGUCGCAGAGUCACCAGAAGAUGCCAGCGGCUGGUUCAACGUCCUGAGCCGAGUACACAGCGCGACGGCGCAGCAGCUGAGGGAGAUGCAGGACGAACAGGCCAAUCCAAAGAAUGCUGUGGGCACCCUGGAUGUUGGACUUAUUGACUCUGUCUGUGCCUCAGACAAUCCUGAUAGACCAAAUUCUUUUGUGAUCAUCACAGCAAAUCGAGUGAUUCAUUGCAACAGUGACACCCCUGAGGAGAUGCAUCACUGGAUCUCCCUGCUGCAGAAACCAAAAGGCGAAUCGAAGGUUGAUGGCCAGGAAUUCCUUGUGAGAGGCUGGCUUCAUAAAGAGGUUCAGAGCAGCAACAAGAUGUCCUCUCUGAAGAUGAAGAAGCGUUGGUUUGUUCUGACAAACACUGCCCUCGAUUACUACAAGUCGUCUGAGCGCACAGCUGCCAAGCUUGGCACACUUGUGCUCAAUAGCCUCUGUUCUGUCGUGCAGCCCGAUGAAAGGGUCUUCAAAGACACAGGCUAUUGGAACAUCAUUGUCCAUGGGCGAAAGCACUCCUACAGACUGUACACGAAGCUGUUGAAUGAAGCUAUGCGCUGGGCUUCUGCCAUUCAAGGUGUCAUUGACAGCAAAGUUCCCAUAGAAACACCUACACAGCAACUCAUUCGUGACAUUAGGGAAAACAGCACCAACUUUGAAGUAGUGGAACAGACAUACAGGAGGAACCCAAUCCUGCGCUACACCCAGCACCCCUUACACUCCCCUUUGCUCCCGCUGCCGUAUGGAGAUGUCAGUGUCAACU